UGAAGGCCACACCCCGGACACAUCUUUCAAAAGCCAUCAACACGCGACACCAGUCUGACAUGACUCAGUUGUUGGACUAUUACCACUGACCCUUCCAUGCUGAAACAGAAAAUAUCGUAUGCUGACCAUCAUUGUUGGCUGUAAGGAAUAUCAAGCUGACAGAAAGCAUGACGGGUGCUUCUAAGGUUUUCCUCCUUCUACUUCAAGGUAGCUUAUGCUUGAAGUGGGAAAUCACCAUGCCUCUGAGAAUAGAUGGACUAACUGGAUCCUGUGUGAAGGUCCCCUGCACUUUCGACAUCGACUCAAUGUAUGAUGUAAAUCUGGAUAAUUCCUGCAAAGCAAUUUGGAUCAGAGGAAGCACGGCCGGAAUAAAUGUGUUUGAUUCCAGCCUCACUGGAGAUCAGGCAAGCGGAAACAUUCUGAAAGGAAACCUCACAGGGAACCUGCAGAACAAGGAGUGCACCACCAUCUUCUACAACAUGCCACCGUCCCAUUCUGACAACUACUACUUCAGGAUUCAGUGUGAUCACAGGCUGAAGGCCAACUAUCCAACAGGAGUCCGUAUCACCACUCAAAAUUCACUGGACCAACCUACCAUAACUCCAUCUACACUGGAGGUAGAAGAGGGGGCUCUGGUGACGUUGAGCUGCACGGCUGUAGCUCCGUGUCCCAUCCUUCCCCCAGAUCUGACUUGGACCCCCAGGAUAGGUGACAUUGAGGAGACACAUGAAUCUGAAUCCAUGGUCUCAGUUAUGAACUUCACCUCUUCUUACCUCAACAAUGGACAGAACUUUUCGUGCACCGCUCUCUACAAACCACAAGCUGGCAACACCGACCUUCGGUUUGAAAAGUUUAUGACCCUCCAUGUUCUUUAUCCUCCAACGAACACAUCAGUCAGCUACUCUGCUACAGUAAAAGAGGGCAGCUUGGUGAAUCUGACCUGCAACGGCAAUGCCAAUCCAGCUGUGUACACUUGGUACAAAGUGAAUGGAGGUCAGGUGACCGAUGUGGGUUCGGGGAAAAGGUUUUCCACCACUGUCUCAGAAGUUGACAGACAGUUUUACUGUAAAGUCAGUAACAGAUACGGAACCCAGAACUCAUCCAUCACUCAGAUAGACGUACAAUAUCUCCCUAAGAACAUCUCGGUGUCUGUUGACCCCUCUGGUCCGGUGCAGGAUAGUUUUGCAUUCAACAUGUCACUUUGCAAAACUGAGAAAGGCCUCCACUCUUUGUCUAUUGGGAUCGGUUUUGCAGUUGGAGCUCUGGGGAUGCUGCUGGUGUGUUUACCGCUGCUUCUAAUAUACUACCGGAAAGGAAAAGUCAUCGCUUCCUCCGACAAGGGAAAGGCGGAGACUUGCAACCCUAUAAUUACUAAUGCGAUCAACUCGUCAGAAGUGGAUGUGGUUUAUGGUAAUGAAGCCUUUCUGGAAAUGAAAGAAGUAGAUGGGGAAGAACCUCUCCAUUACGUCAAUGUGGACUCUGCUAAACUGCAGGAGAUUACAGGCCUGGACUCAGAGACGGCUGAGUAUGCUGAGAUCCAAUCGAUCUGAGGAGAUGCAGAGGAAGAAGAUAACAUUGCUGACACUCAAUUGGGACAAGAGAAGACACCUUAGUCUCAUAGACCUUGUGGUGAAGAUAUUAUGGCUGACGUUUAAUGGAAAUGGUAGCUUAAACACAGCAAUGUGCGCCUCAAACUGCUACAGGACUUAUCCAUAGCAGAUCCCCGCUGUGGUAAAAAGAAAACUGCAGCAGCGGUGAUAGAAACUGCUCUGCAGGCAGCUUAUGUAGAUGCUUCAAGUUUAGUUCUGGACUUUUGUUACAGUACAUAUUUUUCUUUGGUCCAUAAGAUGCAUAGCAAAACAAAAUCACCAUAAAAUGAAUACAUACUGUAUAGCAGGUAGUUACCCAACAAUCAAUUAUAACAAUACGUUUUUGCUUUGAAAUCAUGACCUUACUAUAUUUAAUAUUUGAAUGCUAUCUUGCAUCAUGAUUUUACAUUUAAAGCCUUUGCAAAGCGUGAAAGAAGCAGCUGGACAUAGUUUGUCAAACUUUUUUUAUAGAUUUAUUUUUCAAAAUACAAAAACUUUCAGUUUGUUGGCAGUUAUACAAAUUGUGAAAAGAUUUUAUAAAGCUUGUAAUGAAAUAGAGCAAUAUGUAUUUGGUACAUUGUUUGAACAUGUUUAUUUCAGAAACAAGCCUCUUCUGCACAAUAUUUCAACAUUAAAGCCCUCGUUGUAAAUGUCAAUACUUUU